AUGAUGUUUCCAAGUGAAGACUGGAACUCAAGUGAGCUGCUUAACAGCUCCAUUGGAAACUCCUCUAUGGGGGACACAGAGGACGAGGAGCAUCCCUUCCUGACGGAUGCUUGGCUGGUGCCCCUUUUUUUCUCUCUCAUCAUGCUAGUGGGGCUGAUCGGAAACUCACUGGUGAUCUAUGUCAUCUCCAAGCACAGACAGAUGAGGACCGCCACUAACUUUUACAUUGCUAACUUGGCUGCCACUGACAUCAUUUUCCUGCUGUGCUGCGUGCCGUUCACUGCUACCCUCUACCCUCUGCCUGGCUGGAUAUUUGGGGACUUCAUGUGCAAAUUUGUUGCUUUUCUCCAACAGGUGACCGUACAGGCGACGUGCAUCACUCUUACGGCGAUGAGUGGAGACCGUUGCUAUGUGACUGUGUAUCCUCUGAAAUCCCUGCACCAUCGAACCCCUCGUGUCGCAAUGAUUGUUAGCAUUUGUAUCUGGAUCGGUUCCUUCAUCCUUUCCAUACCAAUCUUCCUGUACCAGAGGCUUGAGGAUGGCUAUUGGUAUGGACCAAGAAAAUACUGCAUGGAGAGGUUUCCAUCAAAGACCCACGAGAAAGCUUUCAUCCUCUAUCAGUUCAUAGCCGUAUAUCUACUGCCUGUCAUUACCAUCUCCUUCUGUUAUUCCUUCAUGCUGAAGAGAGUGGGACAAGCUUCCGUGGAACCAGUGGAUAACAACCAUCAGGUCCACCUGCUCUCAGAGAGAACUAUCUCCAUUAGGAGCAAGAUUUCCAAAAUGGUAGUGGUCAUUGUUGUUCUCUUCACCAUCUGCUGGGGUCCCAUUCAGAUCUUUGUCCUGUUCCAGUCUUUCUAUCCCAACUUCAAAGCCAACUACGCAACAUAUAAGAUCAAGACAUGGGCCAACUGCAUGUCCUAUGCCAACUCUUCUAUCAACCCUAUUGUCUACGGUUUUAUGGGCGCCAGCUUCCGCAAGUCCUUCAGGAAGACCUUUCCCUUCCUCUUCAGACACAAAGUGAGAGACAGCAGUGUCGCCUCCCGCACGGCCAAUGCAGAAAUAAAGUUCGUAGCAACGGAGGAGAGCAACACUGAGAGGAAAUGAGAGCAGAUGACACCUCAACCAUGAAUCCAUGCCAACUGUCUAGUCGCCGAAGCGCAGGCUUCCCCCAUAAAUAGGGGUUAUAUUCCGUUCGCUGAGUUGUGAAAAAAUUCUAAUGUGGUGCAAAAAGCCAUUUAGAAGGCAAAGAACUGCAAAAGUGCACAUAAAUUCUUACAGUUAUAAUUACAGAGUUAAGUAGUAUUAUUUAAUAU